AUGGAAUUCUUCGAUGAAACUCUCCUUGUUACGGUUCGAACUUCAAUGUUGACCGUGUCUACCGUAGUCAUCUUGUUAUGGGUUUUUGGUCACGUCUACAGUCAUUACGGAGUAUACGGACUGCUCAUUUUUAUCGUGCUAUCCUUCACCUCAAUAUUUCUGGCAGGAGAAACUGUCGGGCAAAAGUAUCUGGAAUUCGGUGCCCGCAUCUUCUUUGUGGUCUUCUUCCUCGUGCUUGUAGUCUGGAAUAGUGGAAUAAACUUCUUACCGAUUGCCCUCAUCAUGCUAGGAAUGAUAACUGCAAUCGAGUUUCUCUAUAAAGCAUUGGAACCUCUUCAGGAAACAAUAAAUCGUCUUCAAGACGAUGUCAACUAUUUGUAUGAUGAGAAUGCAGCUGCAGAGCACGAUGAUGAUGAGUAA